AUGAAAGCAGAAGAAUGUGAAGAAAAGGCCAAACAUGAAGGAACUUCAGAUUCAGAGAAAAACAAAAAGGAAGGAAACAUAGAUUUAGAUAAAAGUAAAUUGAAAGCUAUUGCUCGAAAAAAUUUUGACAACAUUUUGCGAAGUCAAAUUGAAAGUAGAUCAUCAACAAUCAACACAGAAGUCAAUGAUGUUGAAAAAUCAUCUCAGUUGAUACGAAUUGAAAAUUCAAAGAUCACCAAAGUGCAGGCAAUUAAAUCUUACUCACCAUCCAACUUGCAUGGUUCUCUCACAACGAACAAUAAAAAUAAUGAAGAAGAAAUGGUGAUGCCGGCUAAUAGGUCAAAGGAGAAUACCAUUUUUAAAGAUAAAACACUGCAAUCUAUUGCAGCUAUCAAUUUAGCAUUUAAACCUAAAGAUGUUGACUGUCAAGUUUUUGUCUAUGAGCCUAUGUAUGUAAACUCUUCAACACUUGGUUCAAUUAAUCCAGAAAAGAAUUAUAAAAGUGAGAAACUCCUUUCUGCUAAAGGAGCAAAUAGUAGUCUUUCAGAUUGCUUGCUGAAUGAAAACACUACUAUUUUCAAAUGCUAUAUCUGUCCAUAUUAUCAUGUGAAAGAGAUGAUGGUAGCAAGGCAUAUGAUUCAAAUUCAUUUAUCUCAAAAUAUUUAUAGAUGUCACUACUGCUCGGCCCAGUUCUUAACAAAUCAUCUAGCUUAUGUACACAUCCAAAAAAUGCAUGAAAAUGCAGAAAUUAAAAUUGAUUUUAAAAUAUCUGAUCAGAUUUCCACCCAGCUAGGCUUAGCUUAUAAAAAGAAAUUUUAUAUACAGGAUGGAAAAGCUGUUUCUCAAAGUGAAGUAGAAAAUGUAACGACAAGUCAGAAAUCAGGUUCCAGUGUUUCAGUAAAAUGUCACAAAUGUGGUCUCUUUUGUAAGUCAGUUGAGGAAUUGCAGGAACAUUCUAAAUUAGUUCAUUUUAGAUACCGACCUUACAGUUGUAGUUUAUGCAAUUUUUCCAAGGUAUGUUUUGCCAGUAAGCUUGAUUUGGAUCAUCACAUGAAAACCACCCAUCCAAAUGAACUCUGGGUUAGAAGCUCGAUUUCUCCACCCUUGCCUAACAAUAGCGGCAAAAAAUUAGAGUGUAGUGUUAGUAUUAAUUGGUCGCUAGUCUGGGGUGAAAAUAUUCAAACAGGUAACAUAAUGUGUGAGUGGUGUUCAUAUGGGACUGAUUCCUGUCGCGAUAUGUUUAUACAUGCUUCCAAGGAACACAACUGGAGCAAGUCUAUUAGUUGUCCUACAUGCAAAAAAACUCAUGCUCUCAAGCCUUGCCAUUUCAUAGCUUGUCAAAUAGUAUGCAGCUGUAAUACUACAUUGAACAUACAACAUGAAAAAAAUAAAUCACGUGUAUCUUGGAUGGAGAAUUCAUACAUCUGCAAAUUAUGUUCACACAGAGCCUAUACAAAAAGUAGCAUCAUGCGUCAUUUGAAAUACAACCACACAGCCUGUAAACCAUUUAAUUGCACUUAUUGUUCUUAUGCUGCCAAAGAGGUCUCAAAAAUCAAGACUCACAUUUUGGCCAUACAUCCUGACAAACCAGUUGAAAUAUCUGAUAGGGAACAAAGCAAUGAGGAAAUUAAGAAGGUUCUUGAUGACCUGUUUGAAACUCAUGUCCAAAUUGAGAAGCAGAGUUUUGAGAAUGCUACUGCAGUUAGCAAUUCUAGUUUUUCAAUAAAAUUGGCUAAGAACUCAUUGGGAGGUUUUCAAUGUGGCUUGUGUCCUUAUGUAAGUCAUAAUGUAUAUGAGGUUUACAGCCAUGCCAGGUUGGUGCAUGAACAGUUUGUCAAACCCGAGCGUAAAAACUUUGUGAUCCCUUAUGGAGAACACUACAGGUGUGUCCCAUGCGGAUAUCGCUGUUCAGACAGAUCGUGCAUGUCUCGUCAUGCCAAGUACAUGCACAUCACCUCUCGACCUCAUUCAUGUCCUUACUGUGCUUACAACAAUGUCGAGAAGACAAAAGUUCGUCUUCACGUUCUCUCACACCAUCGAGACAUGCCGAAGGUUGUUAAAACUAAUCAAAGACUUUUAGAGGAGAUGUCAAUAGAAGCUAAAAAGUUUUAUGUCAGAGUUGAUGAAAAAGGAAAUGAGUACAUGGAGUGUAAAAAUGGUGGAAUUAUUAAUGUCACCAAGCAUUCAACAUCUGAUCUUAAAAAAGUGGAUGCCAUUGAUGGUCAAAAUCAAAAUUCAUUCAAUGAAGUUGUUGCACUAAGAGAAGAGCCAAUGGACGUAGAAAAUGUAAAGGUUCAAGAAACACAUUUUGUUGAAUUUGAUGAUUUUAAACAUCCAUUCGAAGAGACAUUGCUCGAUGCAACAGCAGUCACGAUGAACGUGGAGGAAAGUAAUAAUGUGAAACACGGCGACAACCUUUCACAGAAUUCUUCAGCAAUGAUGGGAAAUCUUCCAUCAUCAAUGAUAGAAGGUGAAGAUUUCUCUAAUAUGAACAAUUUGAGUGAUGAGGUACUGGAGAACUUUUCAGAAAAUGAAAAUGAAGAUGUUGAGAUGGUUGCUGAUGAAGAUGAUAAUUCUUUUGACUUCAGUAGUGAAUCCGAUGUUAAUGUGGGUGGUGAUGGUGAUAAUGAUGAGGAAGAUAGUUAUUUUUCAUCCGAGGGAUGGGAUGCUGUUAACAAGUCAUUGAAACAUGUUGAAAUUGUAGACUUUAGCAACUUUCUUAUUAAGAAAGAAACCUUGAAAGACGACAAAAUUUCAAAGAUGGUUCCAAUUGUAAAACUAAAAGAUGUCAACCCCAAAAAGAAUCAAAGGAAAUUCCUUCCUUAUGAAAGAGAUAACAUUUUUCGACGUGGGAAAUAUUACUUGACGUCCAUCGGCUUCGCGGCUUGGUUAGACUCGGCUUGGACCUUCAAGCCGACAUUUCUCGGCUUGGACCUCAACGCUAGAAAUGAAUGGUCAUUAGGGAAGGUAAAUUGGAACCUUCCUCGUUCUACCUACAACCACAUUAAACAACAUCAGAAAAUUUCUGAAUACGUAGCUCCUGGAAUGAAUGAUACAAGUAUAAAAUACUGUGGAGAUAUCAUUGACCCACACAAAUCUUGGCUUGGCAAAGUUGAUUCUUUGCCUCCAAUUGAAUGCAACUAA